AUGGUCCACUAUUUUGGUUUCUUUAGCUGGAGCCCUGACUCUCUUGUUAAACUGAUCCAGAACAGUAUCGGGCCGUCGGAUACUGUUGAGCCAUUAGUGCUGACAAUAUCGUCAAGGAUAUUUGGGUUACUCGAUAGAGAAAGCGAUGCCAUCAAUAGAACUGCAAACUCAAUUACUUUCCCCGAAAUUGAAGGAGAGAUAGAGAACCUUCUGCGUUACAAAGCAUGGGGUGCUAAAAUCCAAUCGUUUCUUAUUCCUAGCAGUAAUAUAUUCUUUGAAAAAUAUGGUGACGGAAUUUAUCUCAAGGUACAAGGAAUAGUGUUCCGCGCUACUGCGAAUUUAGAAGUGGGAAUGGCUAGUAACUGUUUGCUAUUUUGUCUACCACUUCCUACCUUGGAUGGCACGAUAAAAGUAUCCUCCACAAACGUGAUCCUCGAUGUCAAGUUGUUAUGGGACGGCUCUAAAUUUGUUCCAUACGUUACCAUGGAAUCAAACAUAAAGAUCAAAUUCGGAAAGGGCCUAAAAAUUCUCAAUCUUGUAGAUGCGCUUUUCGAUAUAAAAACGAUGCUGAUGGACAAAAUCCGUGAAAUAAUCGACAAAAAUGUAGUAACAAAGCUUGACGAAAUAGUGACGAGCUCGGGAAACAAUGAAUUGCAGCGCCUCGAAUACAAAUUAUCAAAUGCUGGUUACGCAGUCUUGUUUAACAGUCCUAUCGACUGGACUGUGAGAAAUAAUGUUCUUCGAAUUGCUGUAAAAACAGGAAAUGCCAACAACAUCACUUCAACUGACAUUGUGCCACCAAAUGACAAAAUGCUGUGUCUCAGCGCCGAUAUCGUGCGAAUUUUCCUUCCACUAUUCUCGUCACAUUUUUCAACAACCCGGGAACGAAGACAAGCGGAUAACCGCUUGAUUUUCACUUGUGUAGAACCUAAGCUUCAAUGCGAAACAACAGCUUGUACUAUCUGCACGGAUUUCAAUAUUAGCCGCGCAUCAGACGGUAUCCUCUACGACAAAUACCAUAACUGCAUCCCUCAGUUUGACUUCAUGGAGUGGCUGGAAAAUAACUUUGGUCGUUUCUUGGGAUCAGUUAUCGAUGAAGAUGAGAUUCUGAGCUGGAUUGGAAAGAAAGCGGACGAUUUUAUCAGCUCAAUAUUCAGCAAAUAA